AUGGCCUACUGUGACGACACGCAUGUCAAAAGCAGCGAUGGUUUAUGUGAUCAGCGAUACCUCCACGCUCAAUUGGCAAUAUGCACGAAACUACCGAGGAAAACUAAUAAAUCCGAUGUAGCCCGGAUGAAUAAACGAAACUUUUUUUUACAAGCUUCUCGUACCCGAGGAACGAUGAGCUUUGCGGGGUGUUGUUUUGGAGGUUGCGUGGGUCUUGGUUUUAGCGCUCAAAGACCCAAAAACAGAGCACCUAAAGGAGUCCCCUCCAAGCGAGAACAGACAUGCAGCCGGAGAAGCUCAUCCUCGGUGCCCCGAGGUAUGUUUCAAGAUGAGAAGGGCAGGUCUUACCCACAACAAAUGUGGUCUCCACUUCUCGAUCGGUCACGCAAAGCUGACUGA